UGCCACGAAGUGCGGACGGCGUUCCAGCUGCGGCAGAUCGGGCCCCUCAAGCUGGUCCCCGACGUGCCCACGGCCGAGUCAGAUUUACAGAUCUGUCAACACAGGGCACCAACAUGUUGCACCAAAAAAAUGGAAGAAAGCUACCAGGCAGCUGUUCGAAGGGAGAGGACUCAGAGCAUCCAGGCACUGAACUUUGAGCUGAAGUACAUGAUUGUUGGUCACAUCACAGCUUUUCAAGAGGCCUUUGAGUCUUUGCUUCGCUUUGCUGAAAACCGCACAAGUUCCCUGUUUGAGACAGCUUACAGACCUAUGGCAAAAGAAGCAGCAGAGCCUGUUAAGGAGCUUUUUACAGACAUCUCUCUCUACAUUCUGGGCGCAGAGACCACAGUGGAAAGUGCAGUACUGCGGUUCUUUGACAGUCUCUUUCCCCUGGUGUACAGCCGGCUAAUAAACCCAGGAAUUACAGAUCUGUCAGAGGACUACACAGAGUGUCUGCGGCUUACGAGGCAAGACAUAAAUCCUUUUGGACACUAUUCUAAAAACAUGGUUACAGAGCUGUCAAAAUCCCUUUGGGCCAGCAGGAUGCUGAGCCAGGCCCUGAGCCUGGGCAUUGAAGUGAUAAAUACAACAGAGCACGCCGCCGUGAGCAAGGAGUGCAGCCGAGCCCUGGUGAAGAUGCAGUACUGCCCGCACUGCCAGGGCCUGACGCUCAUCCGGCCCUGCGUGGGAUACUGCCUCAAUGUCAUGAGGGGCUGCCUGGCCAGCGUGGCCGAGCUGGAUGCACACUGGAGACACUUCAUCUCCACGCUGGAAUACCUGGCUAAUGAAAUGGCAGCGUCACACGAGCUGGAGAUGGCCCUGUCGGGGAUGUGGAGCUCCAUCAACGAGGCCAUCCUGCACGCACAGCUGAACGGCCCGCAGCUCUCGGCCACAGUCGAUAAAGUGUGUGGACAGCCCAGACAGCAAGAAGGGAACCUGUCAUCAGCCAAUAUUGUGCCAGUGAAGGAAGUGACUGAAACCCAGACAUUUGUGAUGGCUCACACCAGCCUGAACAAUAAAAGAAGUUCUCUGCCUCUGAAAGCUUCAAAGAAUGACAAAUCAAGAAGUUUGAAAAAAAUCUCUCGAGAGUUCAUCAAUUACAUGAAGCGCUCCCGGACCUUUUAUGCCUCUCUAGCAGAAAGGCUCUGCGAUGGAGACCUGGUGAUGAGAGACAGCUCGACCUGCUGGAAUGGAGAGGAUGUUGUGGAAAGUUAUACCAGCAGAGUUGUUUCCAAUGGACUGAAGGCACAAAUUAAUAAUCCAGAACUGAAAGUCAAAGGAUUGGACCCACUCAUCAGCAAUUUGAUUGAUAAACUUCAGCACUUUAAUCAACUGGAUGCUGAGAAGGCCAAGCUGAAGCUGGAGAGAUGGGGGCCCCGAGAUGCUGGCAGUGGGGGUGGAAGGAGCCAGGAGAUGGAGUCGAGUGGAGACUGUGAUGAUGAGGAUGGCUGCCAAGGAUCCGGGGACAGGAUGCACACAGCAGAUAUACUCAAGGACAAGAAAACCCAUCCAGAAAACAGAAAUGAACCAAAACCAACCAUGAAAAAGAUUGACACCACAACCACCACAAGCACUGUCAAGUCAUCCUCCAAACACAGUGUAACUGGAAAUGGGAGCAGCCCAGCCCUGAGUCCCUCCCUUGCUGUUCUGGCAGCACUGGCAGUUCUGUGGCACUGUCCCCUGUAGCUGCAUUGCCCUGCAGAUGCUGUGCUAGUGCUCCUGUUCACUGUCAUUGAUACCUGCAGCCUUACCCGACUGGAAACAAAUGGAAAUGUCUCUCUAGUUGAUGUGAUUGUUAGGAUAAAUAAGAAGUGAAAUGCUGGGGUUGGCAGAUACCAAGUGUCCAUCAGUUACAAUGUCUGCAGAUAGCCUUUGGCAAAGCCCACCCAAGGUACAGCGAGGAUGGUCACAAGGGUCUGAGUAGCUUAAGUUAUGGGGUAGAAAUAACUGAAAACACAGAAAUUGCCUAUGUGUGUGUUACUGUUUUUAUCAGUUUUGUUUGCUGGAAUCUGGAAUCUGUUGUUUAUUUGUUUAAUUUUUCUGGUAAAUUAUACGAAUGGUCAGUCUUCAAGGUAAUCCAUACUUUGGUUUUUUUAGUGAACAGCUAACAAUCUGUGCUACAGUUCACAGAAUCAUAGAAUGU